CCUUGAGCCCCCACCAGUUCCUCCUGCAAGCCUGUCCAGUCUUAUGGGCACUUUUCUCCUUCAGGGUUGUCCCCACAGGGACUCUGCCUACCAGGCUCAUCAAAAGCUCAAAAUCUGUCCUCGGAAAGACAAGGGUGGCCCAGCUGCUGACCUCACUGCUUACUGCUCUGACAGCAGAGGGCUCCAUCCUUUGGUCACUGCUGCGCCCAAGACGGCCUCCAGGCUACAGCUCAUGCCCAACUCCCUCUCUCUUCACGACCAACGCGUCCAGAGGAGACAUCGAGGGCUGCCAGGAAAUGAGACCCCCUGGCCACAAGGCACCCACAAACCACAGCACACCAGUGCCACGCCGUGACCUCACUGGUGACACCCCACCUCUGCUGGGCGGGCCUCGCCUCUGCUGCCAGCCCGGCCAGCAUAAAGCCAGCCCAGCGCCUCUCGCCCUCACAGCCGCCUCCUGACGCCUUCCCCUGCGCUCUGCUCGCUCCACCAGGGACCCUCCACCCCACAGCCAUGGCCUGCUACGACGCCUGCCGCCCCUGCGGACCCACCCCGCUGGCCAACAGCUGCAACGAGCCCUGCGUCAUGCAGUGCCAGGACUCCCGCGUCUUCAUCCAGCCUUCCCCCGUGCUGGUCACCCUGCCGGGACCCAUCCUCACCUCCUUCCCCCAGAGCACCGCCGUCGGAUCCUCCUCAGGGGCUGCCCUGGGCAGCGAGCUCAGCGCCCAGGGACUGCCCAUCUCCUCCGGCUACGGCUCCGGCUACGGCUCCGGCUUCGGGGGCCGGGGCUACGGCUGCGGCGCCGCCAGGGGAUGCUACACCUGCUGAGGGCCCUGCCCACCACCCUGCCACCACUCACACCCUGCAACAGCUCCUGCAACAAGCGCACCUGGCCUGAUGCUGGCCCUGCCUUUGCCCCUCGCACCCCCUCCCUUCCCCUUGCUGCUCCUGCCUUUGCCCUCAAUAAACUUCUCCUGCAGCACAGCCUCGGCGCCUCCUCUGCCUUCCUUCUCCCGAGCCUCUCACAGCCUCACACGGGACAGA